AUGGAGCCCUGCUACCCGGCCAGCUCCAUCCUCAUGAAGGUGAACACCCUCCAGGGGAAGAAGAUGGUGGAGAGCGGCCUGCAGUCGGGGGACUUCUCCAUCCCCGCGUCGUGGCCGGGCUGCCCACCGCUGCCCGCCGACCUGGAGGUGCUGCCGCAGAAGGUGGCGGGCGUGCAGCGGGAGCUGGAGGACUUCAAGAAGGAGGCGCUGGCGGCCAUCCGCGCCCUGGAGGAGGCCUUCUGCCAGAUGAGCGGGGCCCUGGCGCAGCAGCGCGAGCAGGCGGCGCGCGUCAAGCAGCGGCUGCGGGAGGAGGAGGACCGCGGCGUGGUGCGCAACAAGGUGCUCACCUUCCUGCUGCCACGCGAGAAGCAGCUGCGGGAGCACUGCCAGCGGCUGGAGUGCGCGCUGCUGGCCAGGGGCUCGCCCCGGAGCGGCCAGGCCCACUGAG